AUGUUUUUUCUUUCAUUAUCUACAGCUUUCCUUCUUUUUAUUUCUACCUAUAUAUCUAUUUCUUUCUUUCUUUUUCUACCCAUACAGAUAUUUCUUUCUUUCGUUCUCUGCCAAUUGUUUUCUUUUUCUUUUUCGACCCACCGAGCUUUCUUUCUAUCUUUCUUUCUUUCUUUCUUUAUUUCUUUCUUUCUUUCUUUACCCAUAUACCCCUUUUUUUUCUUCUGCUACCCAUACAGCUUUUUUAUUUAUUUCGUUCUCUGCCCUUCUUUUUUCUUUCUACUCACCGUGCUUUCUUUUCUUUCUUUUCUUUCUUUCUUUCUUUCUUUCUUUCUUUCUUUCUUUCUUUCUUUCUUUCUUUCUUUUUCUACCCAUAUAACUCUUUCUUUCUUUCUUUCUUUCUUUCUUUCUUUCUUUCUUUCUUUCUUUUUUUGCUACCCACCUAGUUUUAUUUAUUUAUUUAUUUUGAAUAUUUCUUUAUUUCUUUUCCGUAUUUUUAUCUUUUCUUUCUUUUUUUUUCCUCGCUCAGAUAUCUUUGUCGCAUUCUUUCAAGCGCCUUUCUCUUUUUUUUUCUUAAGUUUUCUUUCCUUUCUUUUUGAAAAUAUUUUUUAUGUAGAUGACUAA